AUCUGUAGUCUCCUUGGGGAAAACAGAGAGGCUUCUAUUAUUUCCUGUACUCAUGUCUGAUUUUUGCCACUGAAAUAUCCCAGCAAUGCCAGGAGGCUGGAAUGCCCCGGGAGGGUAAGAAUAGCCCACAAUGGUUGAGAUUACUUCUGUUGCCUUUUGUCUACUUGCAGUUGUCAGGACAGAGGGACCACAGAGGUCUAAUUUGCUUUGAAAAUGCCAGAAUCCUUCUUAAGCUUUCAGAAGCUGAAAGUGUAGUGAACUAGUUCAAAGAUGAAGCACUGGGACUCACUGGGGUUUUUGAUUAUCACUCUCAACUACAAUGUUACGUUCGUAGGAAAGAUCUGGCUAACAUUAGUAAUCUUGCUGAGAAUGGCGGUGAUAGUGUUAGCGGGAUACCCCCUCUACCAAGACGAACAAGAACGAUUCAUCUGCAAUACUUUGCAACCAGGAUGCUCUAAUGUGUGCUAUGACAUUUUCUCUCCUGUCUCUCACUUUCGAUUCUGGCUCAUUCAGACGGUGUCUGUUCUGCUACCUUAUGCUGUGUUCAAUGUCUAUGUUCUGCACAAAGUAGCCAUGCAUGUUGUGACAGCACAUUAUUUGCCAUGUAGAUAUGAAGGAAUCAAGGCAUUAGCUGGCCAUACAGCUUUGAAGGAACCAUGCAAAAAUGUUGCAGUCACUAGCCCAUCCUGCAAGGCAGAUCUUCUGAAUAUUCCUGAUUUUUCUUGGGCAUAUACUGUUCAUCUUUUUCUAAGAACACUGGCAGAGGCUAGCUUUGGAGCUGGACAGUAUUAUCUCUUCGGAUUUUUUGUUCCUAAACGCUUUUCCUGUUACCAGUCUCCUUGUACCAGCAUGGUCGAUUGCUACAUCUCCAGGCCUACUGAGAAAUCCAUCAUGAUGAUUUUCAUUUGGGGGGUGAGUGGCCUCUCUUUUCUGCUUAGCCUUGUUGAUCUAGCCUUUGCCAUCCAAAGAAUGGCAGUAAGAAAUGGACAAAAUAAACCAAUGGAAGGUCUCCAUGCAGAGGAUGAGCACAGUUCAGUUCUGCCUCCAGCUGAGAAGCUGGAGGAUUCUCCACCAUCUCCAGAGGACAGAGGCCAUCAACAUCUAGUGACACAUGACAGUCAUACCAGUGAAGCGUCUUGCUCACUUCACUCUGAAGAUGAAGAAGAACUUCAGGGGGAAGAGAAGAUCAUGUCCCAGCAAACUGCCAUCUCUAACCUCAACAGUAACAGCAAUAAACCCUGUAUAGCAGAAAGCCUUGCUGCUAAUCAAGGCAGUAAUGAAGUGCCCCUAUGUAUAAGUGACCAGCAGCGUAUUCCAUACAGGCAGCUGAGACAUGGGCAACAGCAAACCUUCACCAAAGAGGCUUCCCUGACUUUGAGACCCCAAGUCAAGUCCCAUCUUGGGGUUUACUCUUCUGUAGAUCAGAGCAAGCUUUUAGGGCAUUAUUCUUCAGUUGAGCUAAAAGCUUCUAUUGGGCAAUCAAGUUGUAGCAGUGCUAGCUACUUGAGAGCAAAAAAAUCAGAAUGGGUAUAAAGAGCCGUGACAGAGCAUUGUGUUUACUGUCCUGGAAUGACACAUUUCACACCAUCUAGUUUCAAAUGGAAACCUCGGUAUCGGUUAAAUUCCAUUUUUGUGCCUAUAAAAAUAUCAUUUUACAAACAGCCCCCUGGCUGAAUGAAGAGCAGGAAGCAGAACUUCUUGUGACUAUGACAGGAUUGUAUGGAAAUCUUUAAUAACACAUUGUGGCAGAUGUCAUUAAGAUCGUAACUUUUGCUGUUUGGAAUGUUUGAUAUUGAAUAUGAUAUUGAAUAUCUUUCUAAACACGACCAUAGAUUUAUACUGAUGUGGCUUCUAACUUAUUCUUUUCAGAUAUAUAUUCAUUUCAUUAUUGUUGUAGUCAAGCAUAAUAUUUUUCUUUAUAUUAGUUGAGCUUGUUUAGCUUUUCAUGUGUGAGGGUGAUGUGUUUUAUCAUUUCCUGGAUAGGAACCACAUUAAUUAUUAAACUGAUCAUAGAUAGAAAAGCAUUAAAUAUUUAGCUCUCUAGUCCCUGAAGUCUUUUUAAUGGGAUCUGUGUUGAUUAAGCUGUAAUAUCACAAAAUAUUAGGACAAAGAAACCUUUUGUAAGUCAUUGUAUUUUAUCAGCUGUGAGAAGGAAUGCAGGGAACAAACAUGGGUUGAAUGUAUCUUGUAUAUCUCUCAAACUGAUACAUGGAUAGACAGGUGGAUAAAUAAUGCAGAUGCUGUGGCAGAACUCCAGAGCUUGCUUGUUUGUCUUUAUACCUAUCUAUUUUUAAAUGACUAGAGUCUGUAGCAUAAAUCAGAAAGAGCCUGACUGUGUCUGAAAGGGAUAAUAAAGUUAAUAGUCCUUUUCCUCCUCCUGCUCAGUGGUUUGUAGUUACUAAACUUUGACCUACACUAAUAAUGCUAUCCCUUAAUUGCAGGUCAGGCUGCUGCCCAGUUUUUAGCCUCCUGCAAAUCCCCAUAGUGUGAGGCCAAUUCCGUAAACACACAGUGGAUGUGGAGUUCACUGCAUGUUGAGAGCACUGGAACUUUCUGGCUGUGUGUGUGUGUGUGUGUGUGUGUGUGUGUGUGUGUGUAAUGUGAAUAUAAACUUCUGAAAACCGCCAAUACACUCUCAGGAAGAGCUGCCUGACUCAAGCUUACUUCUGACGCAGUUGUGUUAAAAAACUCUAAUUGUUAUAGCUGCUCAGUGCUGGAGUAAACCACACCUCUAAGGUACCUGUAGCAUGCCAGGUGUACUGCAGCUCAGAGGCAAGCACUGAAGGUGCUUCAGUAGCUAGGCCUUGUAGGCGCUAGUCCUGGUGGAUCCCAUUAACCACUUAGACACUGGCUAAAGUGAAAGGGUAUUUGACUAGGGCUGGCAAGAAAAGGAAAAAGUUGCAAAUAUUCUAGGUACAGAGGCUUCAACAGUUCCAGUUCAAAGUGGGCAACAGUGAUUCUUGGGCCCCUGGGGAAAUCAGUUCACGGUUAGGAGAACUCUCCAGGCCUAGUGUCUGGGGUGUUCUCUCCAGUUCAGUCUCUGUUCAAGCAAAUACAAACUUGCAGGUUUCCAAGCCAGAAUCAAUUUGUACUGUCUCUUUCAUUGGGGCGCCUCUGUACUGGCUCCCUGCCCAGUUGCUACUGCUCCCCCAUUAUUCCCAGUCCCAUGGAGACCUGCAGCUAGCUGUAAUGUCUGGCUAUAACAUUCCACAUACAGCUCUGGGUAGGGUUCCUGGGGGUUUAUCUCUGCAUUCAGCUUCUCUGAAGCUCCUAGCUCUCCAUGCCACUGAUGCUUCCCAGCAAUGCCCACUCACUUCCUGGUCAGAAUUCUUCCUCCUACCUCACCAUGGGCCAGGAAUGUGCAGUUGCAAGGGGGUGAUUGGAUUGUAGUCCCCUGCUUAGCAGUGUAAAUAGGAUCUCAAUUAGCUCUCCUCUGACACCUAGUUUGGGAUGGGGAGAGACAUCAGGAGCAAACUGUAUUUACAUGAACACACCUAUCUGCAUAGGUAUCUAGCAGACAGGAGCUGUGUAGCUCCAAGUGAUCAGUUUUGGUUGGUAUUAGGUUAGAAAUCACUUUAGUACUGAAUGCAGGGGUAGUGAAAUGUUAUCAGUGUUAUCUUCAUUGUAUGAGUAAAGGGAAGCAGAACUGUGCUGAGCUUGCAGGGCCGGCUCUAUGUAUUUUGCCACCCCAAGC